UGCUGUUUUAACAGCUGCUCAUUGCGUACAAAAGUAGAUCGAGUCAGAAGGAAGUUUAAGGAUCCAAGCGAAUAUUAUAAAGGAAAAACGAAUGUUUUUAGUUGAGAAAACUCUUACACGUAAUGUUUCAGAGAUUUUAAUUCAUCCAAACUAUUCAGCUUGUGAUGCAAGUUCAAAUCAUGCUAUUUUGCGUUUGAUUGAACCAUUUCCAUUGAAUCAUAAACUUAAUAUUAUUUGUUUACCAACUUUCGAUCAAAUAUCUCUUGCAGGCGAUUGUGGUUACACAUUGAUAAAUAUAAAUUCUCGUUAUUUAUGGAAUAUACCUGGAGAAUCAAAUACAUGUGAAUUGAUGGACAUUUCAAUGCAGGAUGGUGCAAUAUAUGUACAUUCAUCUUGCGAGCGAGGAAAAAAUAAUACUGAUCUAAUUUUGGAUAUUUCGGCACAAUUGGAGUCUUGUGAAAUACCUCGUGGUUCUGAUCAAUUUUUUUAUUUCGGAAUGAAUAUAGACAUUCUUUAUAAUUGCAAUCAUAGAACAAUUAUAAUGAGUAAGAAUGAUAAUCUGUAUGAUAAUUUGAACUGGAUUACUAGCAUAUUACGUGAUAAAUUCUAAAGAUGUAGAUAACAAGCAGAUUGAAAAAAAAAAAAAAUUAU